AUGAACGAAGACGCCCGACCAGGAACCGCAAGUCAGACUGCAAGUAAACGGAGUUCUAAUGCAAAAGGGCUCAAAGUACCGGAAACAAAUCAAAGUCAGAUCUCAAAUAUACUCGGACAGUAUGGCUAUGAUGUUGGAAAAGUAAUCGGACAAGGGUCUUAUGCUGUUGUUCGGAAGGCUCAUUCGAAGAAAAAAUCCAAAGAUGUUGCAAUUAAGAUCAUCACAAAAAAGAAAGCACCAGAAGAUUUCCUCAGUAAAUUUCUUCCUAGGGAAAUCCGAGUUUUGAAAAAAAUUCGACACGCGAACGUGAUCAGUUUGAUCGAAGUAAUUGAAACGAAUACAAGGAUUUAUAUCAUUACCAAUAUUGCAGAAAAUGGGGAUCUCCUUGAACAUAUUCGAAGUAAAGGAGCGUUACCAGAACCGGAGGUAAAACGUAUGUUUGGACAGAUCAUUGAAGGUAUAAAUUACUGUCAUUCCUACGAUAUUGUUCACCGUGACUUAAAAUGUGAAAAUUUGCUUCUUGAUGCUUCAAAUUCAAUCAUCAUUUCUGACUUUGGCUUUGCUCGAGAUGGAAUGACUACUGUGACUGGUAAAAAGAAAUUGAGCCAUACAUUUUGUGGAUCUUAUGCAUAUGCGCCUCCAGAAAUUUUAAAAGGUAAGAUUUACCCCAAAUUUGUAACUAUAAUAAUACUGUAAUAUGGUUACAAGUUGAUGCAUUAUAUGUAUUUUAGAGCCAUGUUACAUUGAUUGUACGUUUAUGACUAUAAUAACAAAAGAUUCCUGCAUGAAAACACUUCCGGUCUGCAACUUAUUUUAUUUUACACUAUAGUUCACGAGCACAUACUAUAAACCUUCGACGAUAUAAGCCUUCUCGAAUACGUAACCCUAUGUAUGAGGGCUAUAUAACUUAUAAGUCCACCAUUGGUGAUCAAUCACCAACGUUCAGCCUUGGGGUACUCCGAAAAACCACUCAUGUAUAAGGAACCGGGACGAUUCGUUUAUUAAUAAAGCUCUUAUCGUGGCUUUGAUAAAAAUCCAAAAUGACGUUUCAAAGUUGAAUUAGCUUAGUUUAAUUCCAGUAACAGUAUAAAGUUCAUUCAAACGAUCUUCUAUCGUCAGGGAAAAAUUUCGUUAUUCAUCCCGGUUAGCCGGGCUGGACCGCCUCGUAGUAUGCAACAGCCUCUCAUAAGUCAUAACUGAAAAAAUGACUGAUGCUAUUUUUGUUAAUAACGAAUGUUUUACUACUUUUACAAAGGAAUGUUAUUCUUUUCAUUUAUUGUACAAUUAUCACUAACACAAACUUUCAUCCAUAUAUAAGCCUCCUGCAUGCGUAUGAUAAGCCCCUCCACGUAAAACUGUUCAUCAAGCAAUCUAGCAAUGCCUCGGUACCAGCGAAUAUUGGGUUUAUACCUCUGAAAUGUGGUUGGUUAAGUUGUAUAGAACUCUGUAAAACUAUAGGUAUUUUUCAAUCAUAAAAGCCUGGUAUAUACAUGUAUCAAGCAUUCGGGACUGAAAUCUGCACCCCGAUCAUAUAUUUCGCAAAGUUUCUAUACGUAUACCCUGGAUUUCCUACGAAUUCGCCUGCAGUGAAGGCGCCUUCAAACAUGAAAGGGACCAAACUAAGAGGUGGUGAAGUUGAACUGGGAAACAGGGAAAGUACGCACGUGUAGCUAGGGGAUCUGUAUAUUUUUGAGUUUCUGGGUCUUGAUUUUCUGCAUUUCUAGACCAUUGGGUAAUAUUUCAUCCGAUAAACAAUUAAACUUUUAAAACUGAAAAACGUUUAAAAUUCCCGUUGAAGAAUACAAGCUAAAAAAGAAAAAUAACUUAUCCUUUAAAAAGUUUUGGUCAUGCAUGGGACUUUUCUUCACUCAGUUAUUCUUCCCUUUUUUGCUUGUAUUUUUCAACGGUAAGGAAUCCAUGCCACUGGCCGAGAAGAUCAACUUGCAUGCCUGUGGUUUACUGGAAGAGCAUGCAAGGAUGCGUGGGAGAUUUGACAACCUCAGUAUGUAUGUUAAAAGAGGCAAUGCACGUUUUCGCCACUGCAUGAGUGAUUUAUAUCGGUAAAUAGUUUUUCUUCCUGGUGUUUAUUUUUAUUUUAUUUAUCUAAAUUCGUAAAUUUCAAGAUCAUGGUAAUGAACACAGAAAAUAUCUUUAAGUGAUUAUUAUAAGCUUUUUAACUAAUUCAACAAUUUAUAUGAUUGACGUAACUGUUUAUUGCACUUUCCCCGAAAGAAAAUACCGCAAAAAAUCACAGUAGUUCCAUUCA